UGAAGUUUGACAAAUGAAUAGAGAAACCAUGGGAUCUUCUUGUAGAUAAUAUUUAAGCUCCAUCUUGAUUGCCACAGGUUGAAAAUGAUACAUGAUUUCAAAAAUCAAAUGUCACCCACAUGGUGAUAACAAGUUAAACCCAAUAAAUUCUUGCCAAAAAAAAAAAACCCUCAUAAAUAAUUGAUAGUUGACCAGACUUUUGGAGAGAGAUUUUGAUCAAGAAUGCCAAUUGCUAUUAGAGAAAUAGGUUUGUUUCGAGUACAAGAAAACGAAAUGACAUUUGAAUAAGGACAAAGAGGGGAUGGGGAAGUAACAUAAUAUAACCUUUGACCAUGUCUGAGCUUCUUGGUUGCUUCUGUAGAACAUUAUAUGGCGGGUGAUCUUGCAACCCACACAGUCAGACUGUCUGCUGCGUUGAAUAUAGAAAUGGGUCCCUUCUAAAGGUCUAGAAUUUGAAAUAUUCAAAUGAAUAUGACACCUUCCUCCCGCUUGUCAAAGAAAGCAAUGUUCUCGCACGCCAAUUGUUUGACAAAAUGGGUGAUUGAAAUGGAGAUCAUAACAAUAAUAAGAAAAACUUUUCCUUCACUUUUCUACUCACAAUGGAAGUUUACAAGGCUAAAAUCAUCACAGUUGCUGCAGUGAUCUUCCUCAUCGUCGUGAUUGUAGUUGCUCGUAUCUGCUUCAAAUCCUCCAAAGGUUUCUUCCUUGUAUGUGGAGCUGAUAUUGCAGCAAUCUUGGCAGUCUUGAUAUGGCUUUAUUUGCAAUAUCGUAUUGAUUGUCGGAGGAGAUUACUGGAGAGUAAUUCGAUCACAUCAGAUGGAAAGGAGCUUCGUAAGGAAUUCAGCUUCCUUAGGAAGGUAGCUGGUGUUCCAACCAAGUUCCGGUACAAAGAGCUCGAGGCAGCAACCGAUAACUUCCAAUCAUUGAUCGGUCAAGGUGCAUCUGCUUCUGUUUACAAGGGAAAACUUGAUGAUGGCACACUUGUUGCUGUGAAAAGGAUUACAGCAGAGCAACAUGGGGAGAAGGAAUUCCGGGCUGAGGUCGCGGCGAUUGCUAGUGUGCAACAUAUCAAUCUUGUGAGACUUUUUGGCUACAGUUUGGCAGUUGGAGGGCCACGUUUCCUUGUCUAUGAAUUCAUUCAUAAUGGGUCUUUGGAUGGUUGGAUCUUCCCACAUGGGGGGAGGCACAGUGGGCUGCGAGGAUGCUUGGCUUGGGAAUUGAGGUAUAGAGUUGCAAUUGAUGUUGCUAAAGCACUUGCAUACCUUCAUCAUGAUUGCCGUUCUAAGAUCUUACACCUUGAUGUUAAGCCAGAAAAUAUACUUCUGGAUGCAAAUUUCAGAGCAAUUGUUACAGAUUUCGGAUUGUCAAAAUUGAUGGGGAAAGAUGAGAGCAGAGUUAUUACGACUGUCAGGGGGACUAGGGGUUACUUGGCUCCUGAGUGGCUCUUACAACGCGGUGUCUCUGAGAAAUCUGAUGUCUUUAGCUAUGGUAUGGUGGUCUUAGAGAUCAUAGGGGGCCGAAGAAAUGUGAGAUUAAGGGAAGAUGAUAAAGAAAGGUAUUGGUCAUACUUUCCUAGGAUUGUGUCUGAGAAGGAAAGACAAGGGAGGCUUAUGGAGAUUGUUGAUGAGAGACUAGUGGAAAAAGGAGGAGGCAUUGAUGAGAAGCAAAUUAAGAUCUUGGUUCAUGUAGCUCUGUGGUGCAUUCAAGAGGACCCCAAGCUUAGGCCUACCAUGGCCUGUGUAGUUGAUAUGCUUGAAGGUCGUGUAGUUAUGGAUCAACCUCCUGAAACCAAAAUGGUCAUUGUUGAUAUUUUGUCGAUCAAUCAAGAUAGAAAAAAGAAAACCCCACUAACAUCAUCUAAGGAAGAAAGUGAGAUCACUCCUGCAUCAAACGGCUCGCUUAGUAUUUCUGUUCUAUCUGGUCGGUAGUGGUAGCAGUCGCACAGGGUUGAUCCACUUAACCUGUUAAUUUGAUUCACUUGAGAAGGUAUUCUUCAAUUUAUUCUGAUACAGGGUAGGGGUCAUAGUUUCAUCUCCCCCUCCCUUCCUUACAUACCCACACUUUUGUGUUUGUAGAAAUUAUAUCCAUACUUCCCAGGGUUCCUUAUAACAGAGUAUCUAUUUUUCAUUAAAUAGAAACUGUAUAAAAAGACUAAUUAACUGGGAUUAUAAAUGUAACUCCUACAUUAGAUAUGUAUUUUCUGGUUGCAAGCA